UAAAGGACUGGACAUUGGGCAUUACUAGUUUCAACUGUGCAUUGAUCGGUUUUGUAUUUCCAGUUGAAGACUAACUGGCAGAAUGACUUGUAAUCAGCAAGCCUCUUACAAAACCAUUAUCAACGGUGGACUGAAACCUGGAAAAAGCGUUAUUGUCCGAGGAGUGGUCAACCCCAACCCUUAUAGGAUAUCAUUUAACCUGUGCCACACAUACGGGGUUGCAUUUCACUACAAUCCACGUUUUGAUGAGAAUAAGGUAGUGUGCAACACUUGGGAUGGUAAGUGGGGUGAAGAAGAAUUUCCUGCAGAGAUGCCAUUUAAAGAAGGUAAACCCUUUGAGAUCUACAUUUUUUGUACGGAUGAUUCCUUCAACGUGUCUGUGAAUGGUCAGCACGUAUGCUCUUACAAGCAUCGCUUUUCAUCACUGAAUGAAAUCGAUGUUUUUAAAGUUUUUGGAGAUCUGCAGAUAGAUCAUGUGGAUGCUUAGACGAGAUUUAAUCUAAGAUUCAAGAUCAUCAAGUCAAUGUAGAAAUUUGUUUCUAAUGCAUUUGCUUGGUAGUUUUAUUGAUUACUUUGUCUCCUCUUGGUUUGUAUAGCAGUAAACAGCAUUCACUGAAUCUGAAUAUUACAAAAAAGAAAAUAAAUGCAAAAAUGUUUUCUUUUCUUAUUAAGGUUAUUUUAGCUUAUAUGUGCCUGAUAGAAUCCUCUGCAGGCCAGCAGAGGGAGCCAUCCUGGCUCUCAUUACAGUAAAAUGCAAAUGUGCGAUAAAAUAUUUUCUCCAUUGUAAUUUUUCCACACAUUGUAUGCAUUCAAACAAGUUAAUGAUGUUCAUGUUAAGUAUGAUGAAGAUAUUUAUAUUUAUAGAUAUUUAAAUUAAGAGUCACAUUAAAAAUAUAUUGACGUUUGUUUUAAAACUAACAGGUUUUAUUGGUGUAUCUCUAGUCUCAUAUUCAUGUGUCUUUAUUGUGAAAAUUUGAUACUUUCAAAUGCUGAAGUGAAACCCAGCAGCAGUGAAUAAAAUCAUAAUAUGA